AUGACUCCUCCGCCGAGGACCCAGGGCGAGUUGAAACAAGAGGCACUCAAACUAGGCCUCUUAUCUCCGGGUCAACAAGAUAACUCAUCGCCCAGAGCUGAUCUUAUCAAACACAUAUAUAAAAGCUUCAAGAUAAAUCGAAACAUCGACAGGGCCUCAAUUCUUCUAGUCGGGACUUCUGGGGUUGGUAAAUCGAGUACCUUGAAUCAUUUGUUCAACUUGAAAGAAUCGCAGUCAGUAGCAUUUGCGAAAACAAGCGCAUGCGCGUCUGAAACACGAACUACAACUGAGUACAUAUUGGAAGCGGAUUCCCAGAACUAUGAUGUCACUAGACUACGUCUAGGAUUGGUUGAUACUCCUGGAUUCAAUGAUACUGACGGUAGCAAACAGGAUGCAUGUAAUUUCUACUCCAUCAAGAAGUUCUACGAGACACAUAUGCAAAUGAAAAAACCUAACCUGGUUUUUGUUUUGAUCCAGGCAACAGACCCUCGCAUACAGGGCCCAAAUAGUAAUCUCGCUAAAUCCCUAAGAUGUUUGAGGGAACUCAAACUGAUUGACACCAAGCAACCAAAUGUUGUGGCGAUCAUCACUUGGUGUACUGCACUGGGAGAGAGCGAACAUAAGUUUUCUAGAAACAUCGAGAGCAAAAAACAGGUCGUCAGAGAAACAAUUUUUCAGUUUCUUGAGGUAAACGCACCCGUGGUUGCAAUUGAGAAUGACCUUGAAGACCUCAAGAUUAAUGGAGAUUACACGGUGCUCCCUGAUGGAACGCGACAAGUGCGCAACUUGUACAAAGCUUGCGAAGAAGUGUUCAAGAAAAACGGAGACGAAUACGGUCUCAUCAUAUUCAACGCAGCCUUUCGACAAGGCAACAAAGAGGUCAAAAUUGGAAAUGAAGUUUUAGCAAAAAAUUCAAGCGCAGAGACACUUUCUAAAGAUGAACAAAGUUUUCUUGAGUUCUUCACAAAUGCUCAAGAAGGUGGUAUUGCGGAUCCCAUCAUACAAAGAGCGCAGGAUUUCAUCACUGACGGUAAGGCUCCAAGCGCGGAAGCCGCCGUUGAAGUGCAAAAUAUUGCCGGUCAGAUUAAAAAAUUAGGAGUUGAAAGGCUGGAUGACUUGAAGUUCUUGUCCAUAAAGGGACUGAACCUCAAAAUAGAUACCGAUGUUACUCCGACUGGUGAACAAUUUCUGACGGAGCUAGGUGUCAAGAACGACUGCUUCGACCUAACAGCAGAUUCGACACUUAUUGUGGGACAAGGUUACAACAUUUUGACCGACUCGUGCGUUCCCGCUAAAAUCUUUGAUUCGGGAUCCAAGUCCAACAAGUUUGGACUGACUGUUCCAAAAAUAGUCGAAGUAAAAGCACUGAGCGCAACAGAGACGUACAUGGACCAAUACAGAUCUAAGAUCGAAUUAGUCCAGAAUCGCUUGUCUCAUCUGAACAUUUCUUUGGACGUUGACUUUAAUGUUUUCUCGUUCGCGAGUAAAGCAGGGUUUAGUCUGAGUUCUAGUCACGAAAUGUCAUACUUGAUCGAGGAGCGUCUUUUUGAAGCGAGUAUAGGAAACUUCCGACACCCUGAUGUAAAACUAACGGCAGCCUUCAAAGAAGAAGUACAAAAACUUCCCAGUGUAUUUGAUAUAAACAAUGAAGUCUGUCGCAGCAAGUUUGAGCGAUUUUUCAAUCGAUGGGGCCACUUUGUGGUAAGCAAAGCGUACGGUGGAGGUUCAUUGGAAAUGAAAGUUAGGUCCACAGCUGUGGCUGGUCAGACCACGGAUAUCAGCUCCAUUCAAGCAGCCCUAGUGGCAUUCUUCAGCCCUGGUUUUUUUGACGUAAAUUCUUCCAUAGAGGUCGGAGAUGAUAACUUCACAAACUUCAGCGCAACUUCAGUCUUGGCAUCUAGCACUGUAAUCUGGAACGGUGGAGCUCGUGAACUUCACAAAAAGGACACUGUAAAGGAUGGUCAUGCUAUGGACCAAUGGCGCAACUCCCUCACGAUUAAGCCUUGCAUGCUGACCACAGAAAUGCACCUGGAACCCAUUUCAACCCUUGUCGACAUCGCAGAUGCGCGCAAACGCGAUUGCACUUACGACGCUCUGACCAACUUCCUAGGGGGGGUCUUUACGGUUGUCGCACAUAAAGAAGCUCGAGAGAGAAAAGAGGUAGAAGAUGAAGAGAGGCAGAGAAGAAGAGAAGCUGCCGAAAAUGAGAGGCAAAUAAGACAAGAAAAGGCGGCAGAAGAAACUGCAGAAAGAGAGAGACAGAGAAGAAAGGAGGCAGAGAAAAGAGACACUGCAGACAGAUUAGAGAGGGAAAAUCAAGAGAAACAGAGAAGACGAGCGGCCGAAGAAGAAGGUCUUAGACAGUUAGCGGCAAGUAAAGCGAUGCUGGAAAUGGAAAUAAGCUCGAUGCAAAGACAAAAAGAACAAGAAGAUAUAGAUCGGAGAGAACAAGAAGUCAGCUGGAGAGGAGCAAACUCAGAUAUACAAGCAGAAGUCGAAGAAAAUACUCGUGAGCUAACUGCAAAGGACCCUCCAAAACCGAACAGGAAAUGCUUUCCUCUAGAUUCUUACGUCAGUGUUCAGAGGAAUCGCGCUGAAUUCCGGUUGCCAAUUCGUGAACUUAAGCAGGGCGAUAAAAUACUGGGCUACAAUGUUAAAAAACAGAGAUUUCAGUAUUCUGAUUUUGUGACCUGGCUUCAUUAUGGGACUGGACCCUGUGAUUUUAAGCAUAUCGUAUGCAGUGAUGGCUCUGAAGCAUUUGCAUCCAAUGACCACUUGAUUAUGACAGGGGGAGCCAUGAGCAUUGAACUAGUCAGUAGUCUAAAUGCCGGAUUGAGCCUUCUCUCGGAUUCCGGACACUCUGUGAAGGUAACCGACACUGCAGAAGUUACAAAGGAGGGGUUUGCUGCACCGCUGACUCGUUGUGGGAAUCUGUUCGUCGACGGAGUACUGUUCAGUUGUUAUGCACAGAUGGACCCAAAGAAGAGUCGACUGCUGGGAUUGAACCUCUCCCCGCAAACACUUGGCGACAUAUCCUUGCGUCCCCUGAUUCUCUACCGCUCACUGUUUCCAUGGAAACCACAAGCCAAACUGACGAGCGACGAGUACAUGUGCCCAUACGCCGAGAGCUUGUUUUGGUUGUAUGGAAAAAUGAUGGAGAAAAAAAUCAUUAGCUAA